AUUCGUCACAUGAUUCUCAGGCAGAAUUGGUAGCCUAAACGCUAACGCUGUGCACUUGGAUAUGGAUUUUUAAGCAAUUAUCCGCUAUUUAAAGGUUAUUACAAUGUCGUCCCUGAGCUGGAGUCAGAGAAUAUCUGCAUUUUCACUGAGUCCUUCUCAGUUCCUCUCCUGCAUAACAUCAGAUAGCUUCCUGGCGGAACUCCUGCGCGAACUGAGAGAUGACAAAGCCAGUGACAACACAAAGGUCCUCCUGCUGUCUCCAUUCCUGGAGCAUCCCACAAUCCUCUGCCCCACGGUCUCAGUUGGAGAGGAGACAGCACUGGAAUUGAUGUCCGUUCUGGCCCAGACACCACCAAAAGCUGUCAGUCUCAAAUGCAACCUGAUGGUAGCCAUAUCUACGGUCCUCAUUUGCACAACCUGCAUGGAGACACAGCCCAAGGUGGCAGAGGAUUACCUGGACCAGCUGUUUCAGACCAUUGAGGACACCAAUGACCACAGGGGAGGCCUGUCCCUCCAGCCCAUCCGAGCCACAUCCUGCGAAUGCCUGCGGGAAAUGGAAAUAAGUUUCCCAGGACUGUUGUCACAGAGACUAGAAACCCUUUAUCAGUUAAAGCAACUGGAGACCACUGUGCUUCAUCAAGCCUAUAGUGCUCUUUACUCCCUGACACUCAAGAAUGCUGUCUUUCUUCUCUGUCAAAAGGUAGAAGUCGCUAAUGCCGAUUUAAAGACAUUGCUAUGUGCAAAUGACGGAUUUGGAUGGAAAGCUAUCCAUAAACCUCUGCCACCUGCAAUUGUUUGUCAAAUGGAAGAGAUCCCACAGCUCAGGACAGGUGUGGACUGUAAAGAAUUGAAAUCAAUUGUGUCUUCAUUAUUGGAAGAGUCCUACCUUUUAACCCCCGUUUCCCAGGCCGCUUUGCUCAGAGAGCUCAUUGAUAUUGUUUCCAUGGUACCAGCCUUGUCGCCUGCUUUGUUCAAGUCCCAGCUGUUGCGGCUGUUUGGGACAGCCGAGGUGGAGCUGGUGCACGCCACGCUAAUGAUGAAAGGUGCAUUCACUGAUAGUCUUUUUAGUCCUGACGAUGAGAACUUCUUCCUGAAACGUCUCGUGUGCAUGGCUCAGCAUCCACUGCUCAACGUCCCAGAGAAACUCUUCUACAUAGACUGUAUACGUCACUUCCCUGAGAACAGACCCAUCUCCAGCCAGGAUGAUGAAAGCCUACCUGUGCUGGUCACACCUCGCCUUACAGUAUCUCUCCUGCCGACUGUAUUCAAUGAUAGUGGCACCAUGCUUUGCCGUCUGAAAUUCAUGUGCAUGGUGUACCUGGAGGCUGACGAGGGAGAGGACAGCAAGGGGGUGGCCUAUUUAUUUGAUCAUUUGAUGGCACUCCUCAAAAUAGUUGAUAACCAUGGUCGCAGGGAAAUGGUGGUGACAGCCUUUAGAGCUGUUUUUAUUUUUCUUACCUACUUUUCUCAAAUGGAAAACCUGACAGAAGUGCUUAUUCAGAAGUUAUCAGAUCUGUAUUCGAGGCACUGUCGUCUUGCCCCAAAUUUAAUCAACUUGUGUGAUAGAAUUCAGGGCAGCAUGGAGGAUUCUGUGUGGCCUGAGAAAUUGCUGAAAACCUUGCAGAGACUGGUCGUGGACAUGCCCCCAUCUCAGCUGACUCUGCAGAACUUCAGCUGGCAUCUCAAAAUCCUGAAAAGAGCAGCAGCGGAGAAACAGAUACCUCAGGGAAGCUGCCUUUACUUCCUACUCAAUGUCCUGUACCACUCUAGCCUCUGUGAGAGGGGAGGUUGGAGAGUAGGUAAUGCCAUUCUUGCGGUGUGUCGCAAUCUGCUCCUCCAUCCCUGUGUGAAUCAGGCUUCUGUGUCAGUUGAGUUGGCUGAUUUGCUUCACCACAUGGGUGGUCACUAUGAUGACACAGACAUCCGAGAUCAUGCCAGGUUUUACUACACCUUGCUAACAAAUUUGUCAUUGGAGAAGCUGUCAGGAGUGUUGGUACAGAGUCAGGAAGGAGGUCAGACUAAAGUGAGGUCUUUGUCUGCCAUCAUGGCUGAAACAGAAGGGCUCUCCAGUCACCUUACCAUACACCCAACAUCGAGGCCAGUAUUGCAGUUUGUUAGGCUACGGCAUGUCGGUUCUCCUCCAGCGACAUGCUCCACAGAGGACACCACUGCAGUGGAAAACGUGCUGAACCAUUAUAGGAGUCAGUUUAGUGAUGCAGACUUUGCCUCAGAAGUUACCCUAAAGUACACACUUGCAUACAUAGGUGAGACAGAACCUUUGUUUGACAAACUUUUCUCAAUCUGUUUGAGCUUUGAUCUGAAAGACUCAAAUUAUGAAGACAUGUGUGACAUCCACGUCCCAUGCCUGUUCAGAGACAGGAAGCCCCCUGAGGUAAUGCUCAAGCUAAAGCCUAAGCAGCCCUACCCGACAUGCUUUAAAGCUAGUGCUGUGUUCAGCACUGAAGACGAGCUCACUUGGCAAACUCAGCUUCCUGAUGUCAAAGUGUCCUUCCCAGAUAUCUUUUUGCCAAUGCCUGUACCUGUAGGUUCAUCCUCCUCCUACAAGGAAGAUGUUUUUGACCGCCUUUGGGAAGACAUCUGUGCCACAGAGGCCAAUAGGUCAGCAAUAAGCUUAUUCUGUUUUGAAGGUAAGGACAGUUCUCUUCAAGAAAUUAAGAAAAAGAAUUUCCAAAACUUCCUGAUCUCCGAGCCAUCUGACAUAGGCGAAUGCAAGGUCCUGUUUUUCCUUCCACCUCGGUUUCAUAUACUGUUUAGGAUAAAUCUGACUGAAGAUGCUGUCAAAAUUGACAUAGGAACUGACAACUGGGAACUGUUACCUCAUAUCAACUCUUACUUAUUGAAGAUAACAAAGAGAUGAAAAUGUGCCUCAUUGAUUAGAUGCCAGUGUGGUAUGUGACCGUAAUAUUUUCUUUGUAAAUAUUUUUUUAAUCCUCUUUGUAGUUAUUAAUAUGUAACUUUAUUUGAGUGGUUUCAGUGGCACAGAAGUCACUGAAAUCUUCAUUUCUGUGUUGAUUAUGUCUGUAAAGUAAUAAAUGUCAACUUAUAUACUGUC